AAGAUGAAGCUGGCCUCUUGCUUGCUUACUCCACAUUCAGGUUCUUUCUUACAUAAGAGAAAAAUGGAGAUUGGAAUGCGAGUUAUCCUGAUGCUGAGCCUCGCGUUUUACCUUGCCUCUGCGGUAUAUGCCAUACAGGGCGAUGCUGUUUAUUACCCCCGUCCUUAUACUCCCUCAGCAUGCUUUCAGGGACAAGACAAAGGGCCAUGGGUGGCCGGAGUAAGGGAUGAAUUGUGGGGAAACAGGGCAGCGUGCGGAAGGAGGUACAGAGUAAGCUGCAUAGGUCCAGCCUAUGGAUCAAAAAACCCUUGCAAGGGCGGCAGCGUCGACGUUCAGGUGGUGGAUUAUUGUCGAUCUCCAUGCAAUGGAAUCAUAAACCUCUCUCAAGAUGCUUUCAAUAAGAUCGCUAAUCUCGAUGCCGGAAGAAUCAAAGUUCAAUUCGACCAGAUUUGAAGAUUAAUUCCAAUCAAAGAAGGUUUCGUUGGGAGCAGAGGUGGUGAUCUAUCUUAAAAGCUUGAGUUUUGCCUUGCUAUAUUCCAAUAACAGUGUUUAUGUCAACACCAUGAUAGUGUUGUUCUAUAUAUUUUCAAAUAUGCAAUCUGAUGAUGAAAUAAAAAAAGACCAUUAAGGGGCAUUUGCUACCCUAAUGUAAUCAAUGCUAUGAAAAUAAAAAUUUUAUGUAAUC